AUGAAAGUUCCUCUACUUCGUCGAUCGACACGACAUGUACAAAAAGAAAGCUUUGCCAUCUCGAGUUCUGCCACAAAUGCCAGCGGGUCAACUCUGACCUCGUCGGGCCAGCUUCGCGACCCCGGAAAACUUGACGACCAAUCGACACGAAAAGGAAAACAAAAAGAAGCUAUGCCAAGUUCUGCCGCAAACGCCUGCGGGUCAACUCUGACCUCGUCGGGCCAGCUUGGUGGCCCCGGAAAAUCUGACUACCAAUUGAUACGAGAAGGAAAACAAAAAGAAAUACCUGCUAUGCCAAGUUCUGCCGGAAAUGCCAGCGGGUCAACUCUGACGUCCUGGGGCCCCCAGCAGCUUCGUGACCUCCCAGAAAUUGACCAUCAUCCCUUUCCCGAAUCAGCCGUCGUUACUAUUAUGCAUCCUGCAAAUGGUAUGGGAAUGUUCCAGUGGCAAGCUUAUGAUCGUCUACCCGGACCUGAACUAAAGUUUGGUGUCCAUGUUGAGACCCUUUUAAAUGCGUGUCAGAUCGCUGCCAACAACGAGAUUGGAUACCUCUCCAAACAUCAAGCUCGCGACGAUGAACGAUUAGAUGUCGAUCUCGGUUCAAUUCUCGCUCCUAGUGACUACUAUUAUCAUGUAGAAAAGGUCACGCUCAAUCCAUACCCUAUAUGCCACAACUUCAAGAACUGGACCUUCCCACAUGGAGCCAUGCCUCGUUCCUGGUCCACGGUAUCCCCAGUGCUUCCGGAGAACCCACAUAUGGCCUCCCGGAGCAACAUUAGUGAGAUAAUCAAACUCAGGGAUCAAAAGUGUCGCGUUACCGGAUCCAGUGAGUGGCUGACAACGGCACAUCUCAUUCCCAAACAAGAAAUUCCCUGGCUGCAACGGAAUAAGAUGCAUAGGUACCUUCUAGGCGCUUACCCAUCUGACCAGUCGCCCCGCAACUUGCUUGCGCUUCGGUGGGAUUGCCACUUUGGUGGAUUUGAUUGUGCACAGUUUGUUUUUGUCCCGAAGUGGGGUAAAAUGGCUGUGCAUUUCCUCCGCGGAAGUAUGGAGUUCGCAAAUCAGUACCACAACACCAUAUUCCAUGUAGAUGCCCUAUCAAUUGAAGCACUGUACAGUCGGUUUGCUUGGGCAGUUCUCGAGCUUGUUGCGGAUGCGACGAAGGAUUUGGAUUUCAUGUUUGAAGAAGAUGGGAAAGGGGGUGGAAAAGGAGGUGGAAAGGGUGGAAAAGGAGGAGGAAAGGGUGGAAAAGGAGGAGGAAGCUCAAGCAAGCGGAAACGUGAAGACGAGGAUGACGGUGAGGACGAUGGUCAGGAGGAAGGUCCUGAAAACAAUGAAGACAAAAGUGGCACCUAUCAACCUGCCAGCCGAACUCACAAGCGACCUGAAAGCUCACGCAAGCGGAAACGUGAAGACGAGGACGACGGUGAGGAGGAUGAUGGUGAGGAGGAUGACGGUGAGGAGGACGACGGUGAGGAGGAAGGUCCCGAAAACGAUGAAGACGAAAGUGGCACCUAUCAACCUGCCAGCCGAACUCACAAGCGACCCGAUGUUCUGUUACAUGGACCCAACGCUUGGCUUUCUGAUGUUCUGUCUCAUUUAGAUGAUGGUACCGAUGCUCGUGAACUUGAGAAAGAUCUGGACGCUGCAGCUUGUCUUCCUUUUUUAGUCGAUCCCAACAUUCAACCCACGGCUAAUCAGUGGGAAUUACCAUGGUACCCUGGCAUCAGCGUCGUCGAGAAACUCAAAAAACAAUAUGUGGCAAAACAUCCAAACGUUCGAGCACACAAUCUGCUGGAAAGCAAUGAAUUACAAAGCAAUGCUGCACUUUACAAUAGCGAUUGA